CACUGGAAUCUCGCAUAGUCUGAUGAAACCCUCGUCCUAGUGGAUCAAGCAAGCACCUCUCAGCGGAUGGAAGAGUAUUUCAAGGUUAGUGUUCACAGAAGUAAGAAAUCUCAGUCAAGAUGGAUUCUGUCCUAAAGUGGUUUGGCAAAGAUGAUGACAAAGAGAAGGAGCAGCAGAAAGAGAAGGGGAAGCUGCAGAGUAAGCCAUGUGAGGAGCAGCAGAAGAAGGUGGAGCAGAUGCAGGAGGACAAAGGCAGCGAGAGUGACAGCAGCAGCAGCGAAGAGGAGCCAGCACAAGUUCCAAAAAGAGGCACCAGACUGUGGUCUUGGACUCGCAGCACGCCAAGAGCACCAGGGAAACCGAGUCCUGAAGUGGGAAGGGACUUGUCAGAGGUCAUGUUGAGAGAGCAGAGCGGGAACCAGGAGAUGAUCACCAAGAAAAAGAAGAAGAAAUGCUUCAAUUAACCGCAGGAGUGGCUGAUAUGGGAGCCUGGAGCAAGAGCACAGGAGAGAUUGGAGAAAGGGCAGUCAGGGGAGAGGGAGUGAAGGAGGAAUGUUACAGAAUGAAACUGUCCACGUACGCUAGUCUAGCCUUUUGUGUUAUCAUUUCAUUUAGGUUAUUAUUAUUAUUUUUUUGGUGAGGAAGAUUGACCCUGAGCUAACAUCUGUGCCCAUGUUCCUCUGUUUUGUAUGUGGGAUGUCGCCACAGCAUGGCUUGACAAGUGGUGUGUAGGUCUGCACCUGGGAUUCAAACCUGCAAACCCUGGGCUGCUGAGGUGGAGCCUGCGAACUUAACUGCUGCACCACUGGGCCGGCCCCCCAUUUAGGUCAUUUUUGACACAAGUGUCCUAGCAACAACACAACCCUCAUAUUUUUUGAGCACCUGCUAUCUCACAGUCAUGGUGCUCAGAGCUCUUCUCAAUCAGUCAGUGUAAUCCCUCAGACAACCCAUUAGGUCUGUAGGAUCAUCCUUCUAAACUAGAAAACAGGUCUGGAGCACUUAAGAGACUUGCCCAAAGUCAGCACGGCAGUGGGGGUGGGUGGUGGGGAGGAGAGCGUCAACCCUGAGUAUUUGACCAUAUUACCCAUCCACACGUGAAACACAAGAAAGCCCCGAGCCCAUCAUGUGAAGGCUCACUGUGUCUCCCUCAGGGCCCUCCCAGCCCCCACCAACCUAACACAAAGGAGCUACAACUAGAUCAGAGCAUCAUGGGACGAACUCAGCUUGACCAGAAUCCUGUGGCAUAUGCAGGGAGGAGAGUGGGGUGGAAGGACGCUUGCAGGCCCCAGGGGCAGGAGAGGAGCUUGGUUCCCAGCCCUGCCAAUGAGCCAAGGGGAGACCUCCAGCACAUCUCUUACU